AUGGACACAUCCGGCUUCGUGCGCUUUACUGCUAGCUCCUUCUUCGGAGAUCGUUCGACUGCGCACCGACAGGUUCGCAAUGGAGACACAGGCGAUGUUGACGAAUACCUGAGCAUGUACUAUGACCGCACGAGACAUCCAUCGACCAGGUCUCGGCCAUUCUCACACGGAUCAGCAGAUACAGCUACUCGGAGCUUUGAGCACGACGGAGAUCUGACGAUGGCACAGUCGUCGGAAUCGGACGAUGACUCCUGGCCAUAUGGAGACAAUGUCAUGCUAGCAGUCGAUGAUCAAGCCAUGCUUGGACUUAUGCUAGCAAACGACUUUAUGCGCACUUCUGACUCGAACGACGACGACGACAGGCCCGAAUACAUUCCAUCGCCGACCGCGAGUCAAAAUCGACACAGGCGCCAGGCUGUCAAGGAAGUAACCACACGCUUCCCAAUUCCUACACAGCUCCUUGACGAUCUCGAUGAUCCACAAAGAGAGCCCGUGACGAACGGGCUGGGCUCACUCGGCCGACUUCCGCCCGAAUUGCUGAUGACGAUUGUGCGCAAGGUCGGCCUCGAAUGGCGCUACGAUCUCAUCACUCUCGGUCGUGCAAGUCGCGGUCUUCGUUCUAUCGCAAUGAGCGAUCGGGUAUGGGAAGGCGCUGCUGGCAAAGCCGCUCCCGGCUUUCGUCGACCCAUAUGGCAGUACGUGCUCGAAGUCAAUCGCCUUAGCUGUACUGUCUGCAGGGUAGCAUUACACCGUCAUCACCAAGCUCACGAGCACUGUAUCGCUGCUCAUUUCGGCCCAAAGCAAGCAGCUUCGCGUCAUGGCAAGCCUACAGUACUGUGCGAUCGGUGCCAUGUAGCUAUCACACGCGUUCGAGAGGGCAAGCUUGUUCCUCUCGACACCUCUGCCCAGCAGCGCGAGACCCACCGUCGCCAGAUGAUGCUCCUGGCUCGUUGUCGCUCCCUCUUCGGUGUCACUUGGUGCACGCAGGACCAGUUCGCGCUGCUCGCCCCCAAGGAGAUUACGUGGGAGCUUCGGCAGCUCGUUAUCGACUUCGUCUUCGAUCAUCGCAUCCUCGAUCUUGAAGGUGCCCUGGCGAGCGUUGUGGAGUAUCGAACGAUGCUGCUCGAUCGCUACGCUGAACUCGAGCUAUGGUGGCAUCACCACGAAGAGCUUCGAGGAGGCAUCAUAUAUAGCUCUCUCACUCAGACUUGGCGCAGCCUUCCUCGCGAUGCUUUUGAGGGCGGAUUACCGCUCGCCCAGAUCGGCGUCGUUCUCUCUCGGCGUGCACAUCAAGUCAUCGCAGAGCGUUUGACACAGAAUGCAGGCGAUGACGACCCGUCCAUCAACUACAAUGUCGCCUGGAUUGUGGCCCAGAAUGUCUCGGAGCAGAGCUGGGGGUUCAUCCCGCACGCUAUCGGCGAGCAGCUUCACAGUCUCCCCAGAUGGAUCAGGGACAGCAUUUCCGACUCGCGACGUCCUCUCUCGUGUCUGCGCGCCGACUGCAGUCUGGAGGCUACCAGCGGCUGUCCUUGCGCGCUAUGUCACACGCAUUGUACACCGCGCGAUCGGAUGGCGCUUGGCUACUGUCGACGCGCCAGAUGUCCUGUGCACUCUACAGCGACGCGCAAGACUAGCAGCAUCAAGGCAUAG